UCUUCAAUGUCAGCCGCACUCUCUAUUUUUUUGUUGGUCGUCGACAUUCAACAGCCAAGGAAGAAGAAGACAAAAGUCGAAGAAUUGAAAAUGGCCGCGUUACUGACUUUCAAAGCGGUCGCUUCGCUGUCCGGGUUUGCGCAUCUCGUCGCCUCCGCCUCAAUGAUCCAUCCGCAACAGUUCCAGGCGCUCGUCAUUGACCGGGAAUCCACGCCGCUGAUCAGCGCAGCCGAGGACGACCUGACUCGAAGCCUCGGAAUCACGCUGGUGUUUAGCUCAAUUGCCCUGUUUGCGAUCGCGGGCACGCAAGACCUGGUCCUUCAGCGGCGGAUUGCGUAUGCGGGCGUGCUGGAGAGCGUGCUGAGCAUUGUCCACUACCAUUUCGCCAAGCGGCGGGGCGUAUUCAAGGACACGUAUCUUCGCUUUGUGCAUUACGCUGGGCUCGCUGGCUGGACUUUUGUCGCGUGUACGCUGACCGCGUAACAACCUUGGCCGAGGCGAGCUUUUCUCCUGUUGUUGUCUGUCAAAUAUCAAAGUGCAGUGCUGUACCAUUGUCCCCGGGAACAACAACAACCACUCCCAUUUUUGUUUUUGUAAAAAAGUACAACACAAACUCAAACACAUAGAAA